UGUUGUCAGUGUAGUGUGGUUACACGUGAAAAUCUCAUAGACUGUCUGUCUGUCUUGGUAUGAAUGAACAACUAAUGUGGAGCCUUCUGAAAGACUAAUGGAGACUACUACUUCAUCUAAUUCCGCAGAUGAUGCUAGUCAAGUUAAAGAUGUCGUUUCCAUCUUCAGGGUGCAGUUCUUAGCUAUGUGUCGGUUGAAUACUCUUCCAUGGAGUUUGCUUGAAGCUGAAUUCAAGAAUUGGCGGUCAUCAGACCUUAUCCUCGAUAUUCUGAAUCAGACGUGUCUUCACACAGUUUGUCUCCAACAUCCUCCGUCAGUGAACUACAGGAGACUAUUUCUUCAACAACUCAUAAAAAUGCAUGAAUCUACCACAACAGAGCCACUGGAUGAGCUCUAUGAUGCCUUAAGUGAAGUUCUGAGUCUCGAAGAGAAAUCUACCUGCUAUAAAAGUUAUUUUCUGCCUUCAGGGGGUACAGUGAGUCUGACAGAGAGCCAGGCUGUUAUAUCUGAAGGCACUACUGGACUGGUCACCUGGGAGGCUGCUCUUUAUCUAACGGAGUGGGCCUUAGAGAACCCACAGAUGUUCAGUGGCAGGACUUUGCUAGAGUUGGGCAGUGGAGUUGGCCUAACCGGCAUAGCAAUAUGUCGCUCCUGUAAGCCUAGAAAGUAUGUAUUCAGCGACUUCCACCCCCGCGUGCUACAGAAGCUGCGUACAAAUGUUAAUCUCAACAGCCACGGUCUGUCAGACGUAUCAGUAUGUGUUGAGGAGCUGGACUGGGCGGAAGUGUCAGAGGACAGGUUAACAGACGUCAACGCCGACACGGUCAUUGCAGCAGAUGUGGUGUAUGACCCUGACAUUGUAGACUGUCUGGUGUCGCUAUUGGGCAGGGUGCUGAACUGUUCCACUACAAGUGGCCAACCAGAUGUUUACAUUGCCUCAACAAUCCGCAACCCAGAAACAUACGGUUUCUUCAAAAAGCAGCUUGCAAAUGCCGGGGUGAAACAUUCAGUCAUCACCGGUCCUACAACCCACAUCUUCCCAUACAACAGAUUCUCCACCAUAGAAUUGAUAAAACUAUAUUUGUAAAAGAGAAA